CGCUGUGCGCGGUUGUCGCUGUGAGCGGAUCCACCGGGGUUCCGGCAUGCCGGGCCGGCUUCUUGUUGCCGUCUCCCGGUCGCCUCCGCACCAUGGAAUGCCUGCGUUGCCUGCCCAGGAUGCUACCCCGCGCCGUGCAGUCCCGGCGGGCACUGUGUGCGGCGCCCCUGAGCUCCGCUGUCUGCAGCGGUCGCUCGACCCCGCUGCUCUUCGGGAGCCCGAAGGCGCCGUAUUCGCCCCGCGCUGCAGGUGAUGCUCACCGGUCUAGAACUUCUGAUGCCUCUCAAGCUACUUUAGCCAGUGUGGCCCAGGUGUUUGCUGUGACAAAGUUUGACAAAGAAGGAAAUGUUACUUCUUAUGAGAGGAAGAAAACUGAGUUGUACCAUGAGUUAGCACUCCAGGCCAGAGACUUGAGGUUUCAGCAUGUGAUGAGUAUCACGACCCGGAACAACAGGAUUAUCAUAAGGAUGGAGUAUUUGAAGGCUGUGGUAACUCCAGAGUGUCUUCUGAUACUAGACUAUCGGAAUUUAAACCUGGAGCAGUGGCUGUUCCGGGAACUGCCAUCCCAACUGGCUGGAGAAGGUCAGCUUGUCACAUACCCGUUGCCGUUUGAGUUCAGAGCUAUUGAAGCACUCCUGCAGUAUUGGAUCAACACCCUUCAGGGGAAACUUAGCAUCCUGCAGCCACUGAUUCUUGAGACCCUGGAUGCAUUAGUGGACCCCAAGCAUUCCUCUGUCGACAGAAGCAAACUGCAUGUCCUACUCCAAAAUGGCAAAAGUCUCUCUGAGUUAGAAACAGACAUCAAAAUCUUCAAAGAGUCAAUUUUGGAGCUUUUGGAUGAGGAGGAGAUGCUGGAAGAACUCUGUCUAACCAAGUGGAGUGACCCACAGGUCUUUGAAAAGAGCAGUACUGGGAUUGACCAUGCAGAGGAGAUGGAGCUGCUGCUAGAAAACUACUACCGGUUAGCUGAGGACCUUUCCAAUGAGGCUCGGGAGCUUCGGGCUCUGAUUGAUGACUCGCAGAGCAUCAUCUUCAUUAAUCUAGACAGCCAUCGCAACGUGAUGAUGAGGUUAAAUCUACAGCUAACCAUGGGAACCUUCUCUCUUUCACUCUUUGGACUAAUGGGAGUUGCUUUUGGCAUGAAUUUGGAAUCUUCCCUUGAAGAGGACCACCGUGUGUUUUGGCUGAUUACAGGGAUUAUGUUUAUGGGAAGUGGCCUCAUCUGGAGGAGGUUGCUUUCCUUCCUUGGAAGACAGCUGGAAGCCCCUUUGCCCCCUAUGAUGGCCUCCUUACCUAAAAAGACCCUUCUGGCAGAUAGAAGGAUGGAAGUGAAAAACAACCUCAGGCCGGAAGGACUUGGAGCAAGCCGUUAACAGCAACUUUUUAUGCUUCUGAAGCUAUUAUCACUCUCUGGGGAAAAAAGACAACUGCUGUUUAAAUCGUGUCUGACUUAAAAUACUGUGGCAUCCACAAUACUAAAGCAUGAUUGUGUCGUCAGAAUUCUGUGAGACAAAAUGCUUCUUUGUAAAAGGUCAAAAUUCUAUGUCCUACCAGCCUUGAAUAUUGUUUUUAUGGGCUUUUUAAGGUAUAGAUUAAUUUAUUGCGAGAUAGACUUGUCUACACUGAGUGCUGUUAUACAUAUGAAGAAAAGUGCAGAUCCAUGCUAAAGGAGCCCAGGAACUUGGCAGAUCCUAUAGUCCCUGAGCUCAUGGGCUGCAGUUUUCAGACAGGGAGUCACAUUCCUAUCAACUUCUGACUUGGGGGAAGAAAACUGUUAGCUUUGCAAUGAACUCUGCAAUGUCAGCCCUUGAUAGAACCUUAUUUUUGGGUAUUUGCUCUUUUAUAUAUAAGAUAAGUAGAAGGGAAAUAUAAUUUAAUGUCAGCAUACAUGAAUUCUGGUUAAUCAAGAUGGUACUAUUUUUCUUUGGUUAUAAAUAGAGCCUUUGGAAGUAAAGUUGAAAGGAAGUGUGAUUCUCUUACAGUUUUAUAGCUGUUUUGAUCGUUGCCUUAUUCAAGAGAUUGUCAUGCUGUACUGCCCCCUCAAAGGAAAUGCAUGCAGCCAGCUACUUUAGUCUGUUUGCCUACCUCUCAAAAGUUAGCUGGUGGACUUGUUAAACAAGAGAAUAGUUACUCUAAGAAUGGUGGGAACGUUAUCUUCCCAAUCAGAAGUUUGCAUUUAAAACAAAUGAUAAAGCAGGACAUGGUUGAUCCUUCACCCAUAAUUCCAGUCCUUGAAAGGCUGCAGCAGGAGGAUUAUGAAGAUGUAGAGACCAGCCUGGGCUCAGUGAGCUCUGGGCCAGUAGAGGUUUGGAGUGAGUUGCAGGCCCACCUGGACUAUAAAGAAAGACCCUGUUUCUCAAACACCAAAUAAAUGGGAUUGGGGGUACGGCUCAUUGUUAGAGUGCCUGCCAGCAUGGACAAAGCUGUGGGGUCAACUCCCUAGUGCCGAAUAGUAAAUAACCAAGUAGUUGAUACCUGCAAGUCUGAAAGCUGCCGUCCUAAUAACAUUCUACCCACCUUUGUGUAUUUUCUAGAGGGGUCAUUGAGUUGUGUGCUAGAACAUUACAGUUAAGUGUGCUUCCAGAAGUAGAGCACUUGUAAGAUUGUAAUGAGGCCAGAGAAGCUCUUGAAGCCUACAGGGUAGGAAUAGAGGAAGUAUACCCACCACAGAUGUUGUAUGCCCAAUUACGCUAAUGCGUCCCAUAAGAAUGUCAGAUUCAUUUAUUGGGUGAUUCAGUGAUGGGAAUAAGAAUGUUAUUCCAGUAGAAAACAGAACAUUACAAAGUGAGGUCCAUUCCUGUGUGAGACUGUGAGAAGCUGGCUUUGUGUCCCAGCCAUGAUAUGCUGGAGUGUGACCCUGUGGAAACUGUAGCCGCUGAAUCCUUUGAUAGUGUCCAAGAUCAUCUUUGAUGAUGCCUGGGUUCCACAGCACCCAUCCUAAGCAGACCCAAACCUGCUAUGAUUGGUCUUACACUGUCUUUGGUUUUGCUUGACUGAGAUACAUGAAUUGAAAUCCAUUUGAUCCCAGGUCACAUAGGAUAAAAUUCAUUUAUUAGUUUAUAAGCCUAAGUAAAGUAAUUGUCUUAAUUAGUCAUGUACCUCCUAGCAGUAAUUACUUCUCCAGACAGAUAAAAGGACAGAACUGGUGGUUUGUACGUUUUUUAAGGUGGUUAGGUCAGGGACGGAAAACUGCUUUGGAAGGCUGCCAUCUUUAAGGUAACUUCUCUUGGUGACACACGCACGAUGUAGUUCUGUGCAUUGGAGGCUAUUUUGAGUUCAGGCCAGGAGGAGUGCUAGCAUUGUGUUCUUCUUGGAACCCGGGUUCGCAUUAGAUUUUGAGGCCAACCUUUCUUCCUGUCAACCCCAUCUGUGCAAACCCAUCCGUGCUCUAGCUUUGGGUUUGGAGGUACAAGCCCGAAUGCUCUUUUGACAGGGACGUGGGAUUUCAGCUUGGAAUUUCAUUUUCUACAUGAGAGGAUAAGGGCUCUGUCAAGCAGGGCACACUGUGAGUGAGCUGGACAAGAGCAUACUGGGCAGACUGUCCUUCAUCGAGGCACACCUGGAAUUCAGCAUUGCACACAUCUCUUGUAUUAUGGUGUCACCGUGCUUUGUAGUUUUGGUAAUGACCUAAGCUUAUUGAUAGAAAGCAGUAUCACAGCUGGGCAGGUGGUUUGUAUAAUUGAACAAAUUCUCUGGCGUGGGGGCUCGAAAAGGUCUCUUCAUUAAGGUUGCCAACCCCUUUAAGAGCCUCAUUGGUGGUUCCUACCUCUGAUGGGACAGGAGUGCUGGGAUCCGUGCAGAUUUUGUCCAGGAAUUGGGCCUCAUAAAGAGAAUGGAGCUGGUCCAUGCUUCCAAUAUGCUUGUGUUGCAGCCACAGUUGAGGUUUACUGUCCCGUUAUCAUAACAAGGGAAUCAUAUUUGGCAAGUAGUUUAGCAAGGCAUGGCUGGAUGCCCUCCACCAUCAGAGAUGUAGCUGCUGUGGGUUUUAUUUCCUGCAGAAUAUUGCAGAAAGAUUCACACAGCUCCUCCUGCUGUGUUAAGAUUAGGUUUAUGGUUGAAUUCAUUGAGUAGAUCUGUUUUUCCGUCUCAAAGAUCUUAGCUGUCAGAGUGUCGGUGUCAGGGCUGGUUACUGAUGCUUUCAAUGAGGUUUUAAUUACCUUGCUAAAGGGCUGAUCAAUAUCAGGGUCUGCCUUGAGGUCAAAGGCCUCAUCAAUGGACAGACAACCCCUUCUUGAGCUUCUUUGAGGAUUCACUAUCCUGAGAACUUGAUGCCAUUUUGCCCCAGGCAUCAAGGGGGACUUUAUCAGAGCUACACCAAUUCUGAAGCUGCCAAAGAUUAAGCAAUGGAAUUUUGCUUUAAUCUCCUCCCCGGUGUGAUACUUUUGACAGUUUUGUCCUUAUAUUCAGAGCCUCUGAACCAGUGUGGGCAUAGCAGAGGUCAUCCUAUGAAAUGAUCCCUCCUCGUGUUAUUCUUGACAACUGAUAGAAUAAGUACUAAAUGACUCGUGUUGACAGGCUGUUUGUGUGGCAGGGCCCAAGAGCUGCAUCAGCUUUAUUUCUUGGAAUGGCAUCACUGAAGCUACAUUCCAACUUUAGCGUGAUAACUUCAGUAACAGCCACAGAGAUGGUCUCAUGGAGGACUUGGAAUUGGGCCCAGAGACCUGAGCUCUGCAUCACAAGCCCACCCCCAAUCAUUGUAACUUUGUAGUCUGGGACAAUAAAGCACAAAGCAAUUCCUAUCUUAAAGCCUUGAAAAUGUACAGAGAGGAAGCUAGAAAACCAAAAUGUAAAUGGCUGUUGGUGUCUUGAGGUAAAAAUCUCCAAGCUAAACAGUCACAUCAGUUAGUGUUGUUUCUGUUUCUCUCUGCUUGUGUGUCUAAGCAUUGUGGGCUGAUUCUUUGAACCUCCAUCAAUGCUUGGUGGGAGGAAAUUUUAAUCUACCUGUUGAGGAUAAUACUCACUGUCGGGUGCUAAUUUUUUCUCUGUCAGGUCAAUAUUCGUCAUAGGUUGACCUUAAAAAGUGGUGUAGCACUUACUUUAUUUCUCACAGAGGGUUAAUAUGUUACAGUUGUCAAUGUGACAAUGUUACAGUUGUCCUUAUGACGAUCCUGUUGACUUGAAGAUGUUAACCAUCUCUAAAAGCUUUCAGCUAUUUCUACCUGGUGCCUGCUACCUGCUAUGUUCAGACAUUGAGCCAAAGACAAAUCCUGUGGACAGCCAUGGCCAUAUUUAGACAGGCUCUCAUCAGUUAGCAAAGCAAAAAUGCUGGCACUUUGGGGCUAGAGCGUCGGCCCAGGGUUGCAGAAACGCAUGCCUGGUGUGCACGAGGUCCUGGUUUAGCCCUGCCAUUUACAUUUGCUGAUUGGCUGUCACAGUGGCAAAGCAAUAACCCUUCUGCUGGUAGUGUUCUUCAGAUAGGUUGAACUGCCAGUUACUACCCAAGCAAAACCACAUGUCCCUGUGUGCUUUCUGCUGUUUCAGGAGGCUGUAUAGUGCACACUCAGAACGGCUAGUCUGGAGCUUGAGUCUGGGGCGAGUUUGUGAACUGUCCCUCUUUCUUUCUGCCCUGUGAGUUGUCUGAGUGGAGACAUUUCUCCUUUGAUCGCCUCUUCAUUUUCUACAGAGGGAUUCCUUUCUGAGUGGGACUUGUCACCCAUUUCCUUCUAUUUUUGAUAUAAUUUCCUAGAGUCAGAAGGAAGAGUAUCUCCCUUGGCUGAUACAGACAAGCCAGUCACUGUUAGCAGGUACAAGUGAAUUUCUCCUGAAGCCACACUGUGGGGAUGGAGCACAGAAUCUACCCUAAAAAAUGGGCCACAGCCCACUUCCACUGGGUUCCUCCCUUACAGUCACCCUGGGCUCAGGCCACACCACUCCUCCCUGCUCUGUUGAUGGGUGGGGCUGGCAGCCUAGCACAGUAAAGCCCCACCACCCUGUGAGACUCCAAACCACAGUGGGCGAGAUUCAUCAUCUGUUGGAACAGCAAGCUCCACAGACUUGCGUGAAGCACGAGAUAGCUCAGUGAACUGUGGUUGUUCUUCUCAAUCCUCCUCGAGGACGGAGCAGUAUGUGGGCCCCUUCCCCCAUGCCAUUCUCUUUUCUUCCCACAAUGUUUCCACUAUAUAUUGUACUUGAAUGUGACAAAAUGCCCAAAAUAAACAGCUUAAAAAGAGUAAAUGUUUAUUUUGGCUCCCAGUUUCAGCCAUGUUGGCUCCAGGGUGCUUGUCCCUGUUGCUUUGUUGGGGAAGAAUCAGUACAUCGUCGCAGCUGGGAAGGUGACAAGGAUUACUUCGAGUCCUGUACACUCCAAUGGCCUAACUUCCUCCAACAAGGUCCCACUCUAAAAUUUCCACCCUCCUUCAGCUGGGGACCAAGCCUCCAGCAUGGGUAUUUGGGGGGCACAUUUAAGAGGACCAGCCACCACUAACAGAUUUUUAAAAGAGCGAUUAUAUAGAGAGUAGGUAAGAGCUGACUACACCUUUCUAGGCAAGAGAGAAACGGGUGUUCAAGCAGAAGAGGAGGGUAAUUGUUACAGUCCCAAGCACAGGCAGGAAGCUCAGAGAAAACACACAGUGCCUUCUGCUUCCCAACAUCUGGUGUCUACACGUAGCUGACCAUACUUCCAGGUAACCUGGCUGUCAGUAUGUCUGUCCCAGAAGUCCCACCUGUGUCAGCCUUCACAGCUCCACUAGACGAAUACUUUGUCCACCCUGGAGAUGACUUGACCCAAAGAAAGGGGCAGAAUAGGAGAGUGGAGUCUUCAGUCUGAGCUAAGGCUGUAGACAUGAAGUGCCCCAGAGAGCCGGGCUCCCCAAGAACUUCUUCCAGCAGCAACAACCACUUGGUUCUGUAGAAGGCACAAUAUAGACAGCAUUCAUGACAUGUUCCCACCAUGAAGCAGACAUGUGCUCUGGCAAUGCAUAGGAAAGCAACGCUGCCCAGACCCCAUAGCUCCAACUUAGGUCUUUCUUGAUCUGUAAGUUCUAAAAACCACAUUUGUGGAAGAUGACCCCAGCCCCUGCCUCCUGUACAUAAAAAAAAAUGGAAAAUAUGUGUGUGCUUAUUCCAGAACAUUGAUUGCACCUAGAGUGCUGAGGACUUGAUCAGGGCUACCUUCACAUAGCAUUCCUGCUGCCUAGUGUUCCCAGGCCCAUCUUCCAGACUUAUUUCAAAAAUAUGCUGCAGGUUGUGAAAACAUUUUAGUAAUGGCAAGAGCUUCACAUUUUGCAGUUAAAUUUGAUUUGGGGAAGUUCCCAAGUUAUUUUAAAUCAUUACUGGUAAACGAAGUAUGGCUGGUCAUGCUAGCUGCUAGCAUUUUAGAGCAGGCUAUGGCAUUCAUCUUGUUGGUUUCAUUUUAGUAUGACUAACAGUCCCAAAAUGGUGAUAAUGGCAACAGUGUAUUGAGCCCUUACCCUGUGUCAUAUUCUAAGUGGAGCCCUUCCUGGCACCUCCUAAUACCCCAGUGGCAGCAAAAAAGAAAAUCUUUUCAGUAACAAAUGGUAACUUCUUUUUCCUUAUUUAUGUAAUCACUAGUUGAUGAAAUGUGCUUUUACUUUGGCUAUUCUAAAUCUCCAUUUCCUGGGCAAAGCAUGCUCCUCGCUGAAGUUAACCCUUCCCGGCUGCCUGUCAUCUCCCUAGUCUAACCAUCUCAGGUGUCCCCUCGAGGCCCAUAGGUUCUACAAGGCCUCCUAGACCUGGCCAGCAUAAACAGCCACUGUCGUUAGCUCUGGGUCAUUGUACAUUGGUGUCAAAGGUCUUGGUUGCAUUUUAUCCUUCCACAUAAGCUGUUUGUGGGAGAGAGGCUGAGUCUCACUGUUCCGUCUACCUCUCUGCUGCCCAGUGAAGCAUCACAGUUAAUGUUCUGCUGAGGCUCACCACAUGACAUGGGCAGUCUUAAGAAAAAAGCACAGAGACGGCGGCAGUGUUCCUCAGGAAUGUAUGUCUCCGGGCUGCCAGUUCCCAUGUGUCCUAGGAAGGAAACCUGUCUUGAGAGUCCUAAUUCAGGUCUCAGGGAAAGGCCACUCUGAUGUGCUCACGAAGCCUUAAUGCCCUGUUGCAGUGAGCUGGGAAAGCGAGGGCUGUUAAUAUUGACACACAUGAACUGCAGUGAGGAGGCUAACUUCUAGAGUUGCACAGUCCAGAAUUAACUGACGAACUUUCAGCCGGCCUUUAUCACCACUGCCUUUGGUCGGUGUUCUUGAUAAUAUCUUGAUCUUUUUUGAAGAUGCAUAAAAUUGUAAAUAAAAGCCCAGUGUAUCCUUUGGAGAAUCCUUCCAUUCGCUUAGUAAUUGCUGUUGCUAGUAACUAGCCCUAUUUCAUCAGACUUGUCUGUGUCGGUGAGAACUGUUGGCCACUAGAGGGCACUUUCACCAUGAGUCAGUCUCACAAGCAGGACCUUUGUCCCCAGCACCUCCCAAGCCUUGCCAGCCUGCCCUUAGGACUCCUGCACCCUAUUCUCUCUAGCCUUUAGUCCUAUGCCAGUCUCAUGGAUUGGCCUUUCCAGUGUGUCUUCAAGAGCAGUGGCUGUCUUGUCUUUGUAUUUUAUAACCUAGUGCAGUUCUAUGAUACCAAAUCCUGAAAUGAAUGAACUGUUUAGCGGUUUAGUUUGAUUUCCUUUGUUUUGAGGCAGGGUCUCAUUCUAACCCAGGCUGGCCUCAAAUGCCUACCUCAGCUUCUCAAGUGCUGGGAUUACAGGCAUGAGCUACCCACCUGGAUCUCUAGAAGUUACAUAUUAAGGUAAAUUUCUUAAUUCUAUAUUUAUUAAAAUGUAAUAUUAAAUUUAUCCUUUAAAAGUCCCUCUGCUGUGUUUCUUGCCCACAAGGAUAUUCACACAAUUAUGUAAAAAAAAAAAAAAAACGUGUAUAAGCAUUGUAAUAGUUUCAAAAAAAUGGAAGUAACAUAAUAUGGGAAUGUAAUUGACCUGAAUUAUGGAAUGUCCAGAGAAUAAAGUAUCGUGUAAGUAUUGGGAAGGA